CAGGCUGCAGGUCCUCGAUGCGCCAGGCCUCCAGCCCCGCCGUCUUGCCGGCCCCCGCGAACGCGCUGUCGGUCGCCAUGCUCGUCUUGUUGUCUUCUCUUGAAGCUGCUAGUUGCUAAAUGAAGCGGAUUUUCCAGCAAACGUAUCCAGGAGCUGAACGCAUGUUGGUGAGUUUUGAGGAUACGAUAACGCGGAGGGGCGAAUUCACUUGGGUUCACUAUGGCCAUUUGUGAUUCACGUCGGACGAAAUUUCGCAUAUAAUUUGUGUACAACUUGGGUGGCGCACACCAUUAUAGGGUCGCGCACACCAAAAUCAUAAGAAGCCAUCAAAUUGUCCACGUGGACACUCUGUAUCACGUGUACUGUACUAUCGUCGCCAAGAACAACUGAGCGAGAAUUCGGUCCGCCGGAGAUUGCAUUUGUGUGCCCGUAUGAUACGGCGUAUCGUCCUCUUGGCCAGACGCUUCCCAUUGCGCAGCCACGGUUGUGCCGACAUCGACACAAAGCACUAACAAAUGCGUGUGUACACCGUUGGUGGUCCACUGCAAGUCCGAAUCUGGCUGGUCGCAGUAGCGUCUUGCCAACACCGCGCACGCAGCCUGCUAACGAGUCGCAUCUGAUCAUACAUGUACAUGUUCCGAGGUGGUCCAUCGCUGGUCAUAAUUUAUGUCCGAUGCACCCUAGCGAGCUGGUCCAUCGCUGGUCGUAAGCAAAGUUCGAUGCAUCCUAGCGUUGUUGCUCCGUCGUCCGCGCACCACGCGCUUUCACUACAGCAGAGAGCCACGCCGCCCCCCGUUGCACCAGCAUAUCGUUGCAGCAGGCAGUAUCAAGUUAGGUCGAGCACACCCGGCGACUCAGCGGCACUAACAAGUCUUCGACCGUCGAGGCCACGCACCAGCAGCCUCGGCAAUGAGCUCGUUGUCGGAGUUCCCGUUUCAGCACCAACAACACAUUCACGAUCGAUGAGCCCCUCAGCAAAGAUAACACUCCCCGCACCAUCGCCGCUGCCUUGAGCUGUCAACAAACAUCGCGCGCAUUCACCCCGCGAGCUCAAUGGCGGCCAAUCCAGCAAUGAAGGCCCCGCAGCACGUGACCUUAGGGCUUGCUGCCGUUUAGUGCCCGCAGUACUGUCGUAUGUUCGUGCUGCUCGAGGUGCAAUCCGUUGCAAAAACAGCUCGGGCCUGCAACCCGUCCACCAGCUCGACGGUGCCCAUCCUGCGAGACCGCGUUCUUCCUCGCGCCGACCACCCAUCCGGUGGCCCAUUCUUCCCAGCCUGAAUCAGCGCAUACACCCGCGGUCGGUGGCUUGCUGCGAGGAGCUAGCGCUCAAGAAAUCCCCCGGCGACUCCAGCGUUGGCGCUGCAGUGCGAAGUCCUUGCACUGACUGCUGCCCAUCCUAGCAAUUGUAUCUGCCCGACGCCACGGCAUUGGCUAAAAGGCGCGUAUCCGUCCCGCGUUUCAGCCAAUGCAGUUUUUUGGCGCAUUUUCCGCCAUUCGCGUCGCGCGGCGCCGGCUGGCUUUCGGCCAAUGAGACAGAACUUCAACCGGAUACUUUUGUGUGCCGAACAUAAAAGACGCCGGUGUGUCAAGGCGUUCGUGUUCAUUCGGCGAUUCGCUCCCAAGCAGCCAAGCCCAAGCACCACUCGAUCACCAUGCUGGCGCGCCAGGUCCGUGCCCAGAAGCGCUCCCUGCAGGUCGCCGCGGCCGCCGUGCCGCGCACGUCCUCGGCGGUGCACGCGCGCUUCCUGUCGGCGCCCGUGUCCACCGAGGACCACGAGGAGGACGAGGACGCCAUGGACGGCGGCGAGCCCACGGGCUCCGAGCACGACAUGCUGGACACGUACCUCACGACGCUCAAGAAGUACAACCCGCCCAUCAAGACGGGCCUCAAGGGCCUCAACAUCGUGCACGACCCGCUCUACAACAAGGGCACGGGCUUCCCGCACGUCGAGCGCGACCGCCUCGGUACGCAAUCCACGGUGUCUGCAGCCGUGUGCAGUCUAUUGACUCUGGUUCUCUGUUGAUGAUGAUGUUGUAAUGCUCAGGCCUGCGUGGUCUUGUGCCGCCGCGCCGUCUGAUGGUGGAGGCACAGCUCGCCAAGCUGUACGACACCUUUUCCGAGGAGAAGGACCCGCUCAGCAAGAGCCGAUUCCUGACGGACCUGCACGACCGUAACGAGACGCUGUUCUUCCGUCUUUUGAUCAAGCACAUGAAGGAGAUGGGUGCGUACUUGCUUGGCUCAGCUGUGCAAUGUCAUCUUGGAGCAGGCAUUGACCCUUGUCUGUCUGUCAACUUCAACUUCAGCCCCCAUCGUGUACACUCCGACCGUCGGUCUGGUGUGCCAGAAGUUCGGUCACCUGUUCCGUCGCCCGCGUGGUAUGUUCUUCAGUACGCGCGACCGCAGCCAGUUUGGUGCUAUGGUCCACAACUGGCCCUGCGACGAUGUGGAAGUGAUCGUGGUCACUGACGGCAGCCGUAUCCUGGGUCUGGGUGACCUCGGAGCCAACGGUAUGGGUAUCCCCAUCGGUAAACUUGCUCUGUACACGGCUGCUGGUGGUAUUGACCCGCGCAAGGUUCUCCCCGUCAUGCUUGACACGGGUACCAACAACAAGAAGCUCCUCGAGGACCCGUACUACCUCGGUGUGCAGCAGCCGCGUCUUACCGGCGAGGCCUUCUGGUCCAUGGUGGACGAGUUCAUGCGCGCUGUGCGUCACCGUUGGCCCAAGGUGCUUGUGCAGUUCGAGGACUUCUCGAGCGAGCACGCUGCGGACGUGCUGAACGCGUACCGCCUGAAGCAGCUCUGCUUCAACGAUGACAUCCAGGGUACGGGUGCGACCGUGCUGGCUGGUGCUUUGAGCGCUUGCGAGCGUGUUCAGAUUCCCCUGAAGGACCAGCGUAUUGUCAUUCUCGGCGCUGGUAGCGCUGGCCUGGGUGUGGCCACCACUCUGCUUCAGGGUAUGCUUCGCGAGGGUAUGACGACCGAGGAGGCUCGCGAGCGAUUCUACAUUCUCGACCAGCAUGGACUGCUGGGCGAGUCUCGCGAGUCGCUGAACUCGGGCCAGCAGUUCUUCUCGCGCAAGGAUAUCGCUGACAAGACCAGCCUCGUCGACGUGAUCAAGCAGGUGAAGCCCACCAUGCUCAUGGGUCUGAGCGCUGCGGCUGGCGCGUUCACGCAGGAGGCCGUGGAGGAGAUGGCCAAGCACGCCGAGCACCCGAUUGUGUUCCCGCUGUCGAACCCGACCUCUGUGGCCGAGUGCACGGCUGAGCAGGCGUACGAGUGGACCAAGGGCAAGUGCGUCUUCGCCAGUGGCAGUCCGUUCGAUCCUGUUGUGUACAACGGCUCCCAGUACAACAUCAGCCAGUGCAACAACAUGUUCAUCUUCCCGGGUGUGGGUCUCGCGUCGUCGGUCAUUCAGGCGACGCGUGUGACGGAUGGCAUGCUUUACUCGGCUGCCAAGGCGCUGUCGCUGUGCAUGACCCCGGAGGAGAUUGCGAACGGCCAGGUGUUCCCGUCCGUGGAGAACAUCCGUGACGUGUCGCUCAAGGUGGCCACGGCCGUCGCCCAGACCGCGCUCGACGAGGAUGUUGCUGGCUUCCGGCCCAAGAUCCGCCGCGGCGCGACUCUCGAGGACUUUGUUGCGUCCAAGAUGUACUACCCGACGUACCAUGCGCUUGUCGAGUAAGCAAACGACCUAGAUCCGUUGCUUCACCUAGCGAACCAUGCUUGGUGGGUAGAAGGCGCGUACUGGUGCGCCAUGCAUGCACGCUCUCGAAAGCCAGGGGCGAGUUGCAGUACGUAUAGCAAUUGCACACAUCGUAGGAGCAAAGAUCCAUAUAAAUACUUCGCUGCGUUGAUCGUGCUGCAGGCCUGGGCCUCAGCGUAGACACUGAUCCACGCGGUGCAUCGGUACCACGGCAACUUCGAGGUGCCACAAAGGGGGACGAUGUUUUCGUAUUUCUGCUUGGUUAGUCGCAGCGCGCUCCUUUGCAGCACUGAAGCAACCAGCGAAACGAUUUGCUGCGUACGUACU